CUGAUGUACAAGUUAUGUCUGAAAUGCCGCUGUUGUUUUUGUUAUGUAAAUCAUUUCUUUCUUUCAAUAUGCGAUGUGAUAUUUAAAUUUGAAGUGUCUUAACAUUGCUUCAUCCAAGCGAAUCGUGUCAGAGGUUAUAAAAAACUGCAAAAUAUUCGCUGUCGUUUUGUCUCGAGAAGCUCGUGGCGAAGAUAUGAAGUCAAACUAGUUCAUCUCUCGUUGCUACCAUGGCUGCUCAAGACUCGGCGAUAAGCCAUAUAAUUCGCAGCAAUGUGGAAUCUCUGGAAGAGAUAAACAUUCGUACAUUUACGAAAUGGAUAAACUCAAAGCUUGGCGGAGAACAGCCAGCCGUAAAAAAUCUGAUCAAAGAUUUGCAAGAUGGUCGCGUUCUUUUGUCGCUCUUACAAGUUCUGCUAAAAGUCAAACUUCGCGCUGAAAAAGGCAAACUGAAGUUUCACAAAAUCAACAAUGUCAAUAAAGUUUUGAAGACUUUGGAAGACGAAGGGUUAAAACUUCAUGGCAUCAGCCCAGAGGCAAUCGUUGAUGGAAACAAAAUCUCAAUUCUGGGUCUAGUAUGGAUAAUAAUCCUUCAUUUCCAGGUACAAGGUAUAAUGUUCGAAGAAGAUACUGAAAGUUUUGAAGAAAAGACUGAUGCAGCUCAACGUAAGAAGUCUGUAGCAAGUCAGGCAGACGUUGAAAGACUUCUUAUAAAAUGGAUUCAAGAUGUCUUGAAAGGAUUUUCCGAUGUUGUAACAAUCGAAGAUAUUUUGAAAAGUUGGCAGAAUGGUCUGGCCUUUAUAUUGCUCAUGUUUGUGUACAGGCCAACUGCUGUUGAUAUUGACAAAGCUCAGAAAAUGGCGGUGUUGGAAAGAUUGGAAUACGCUUUUGAUAUCGCUGAGAAGGAGUUCGACGUCCAUCGCUUGCUCGACCCUUCUGAUGUCGAACAGGGAAACGUGGACAAGAAAGCGAUGCUGAUGUAUCUUUCCGCGUUAUACGAAGUAUUGCGUAACCUUGAGCCAGCUGUUGUCGAGACCACAACCACAACCCGAGAGGUUAGCGAAGAGCCUGGUGAAGAGGGAAUCGUUAAAUCCACCACGUCAUUCGUUGUAGAGAGUGCCCCUGGUAGUGAGUCAACCACAUUGAGAAUUGGUGAUGAAGAUAUUGACAUAACCACAGUGUCAAGCAAUGAAAUUGUCCUGCAAUACAAGACGAUAUACUACACAGUUCUGUACACCAUCAAGGGACUUGAGGCAAGAAUGGAGAAAAUCAGAAGCGAAGAACCCAGUCAGGAAAACGCGAGGGCUUUGCGGGAAAUUCAGAAAGAAAUGCACGAACUCCAGGCUAAAGUCAAGGAGCUGAACGAAACAAAUAAAGAAAUGUCCAAAGCUGACGGAGUUGAUCGUCAAGAAUUCUCGGACAUUCAAAAAGAGUUACGGGAACUCAGCAGUCGAUGGUCCACGCUGAUACAACACAAUAAUGAAGAAUCGAAGAGGCAACCAGCAGUCGUAAGAGAAAUUAGAACCUCAACGACAUACCAGACUGCUCGACUCACAAUUGGUGAUAAAGUUAUCGAGAUCACAUCUGUUUCAACCAACGAAAUAGUGAUAAGAUACAAGAUUGUUUAUUACAAAAUAAUUUACAUCAUCGAAAGGAUUGAAUCGAACAUGAGGAUCAUCAAAGACAGUCCACCAAGCCAGGAAACUGCAAGAUUACUUGAUGAGAAUAAACAAAGGAUGGAACAAUUGAAGCCACAGAUUGCUGAGCUGAAGGAACUUAUGUCAGAAAUGAGAGAUGCUGACGGCGUUGAUGCAGAUGAACUUGCUCAACUACAGUCUGAACUAUCAGACUUCGAUUCCCGCUUGUCCUCAGCCACGGAGGCUAUUAACGAAGAAGAGAAAAGACAACCAUCGCUGGCUACGGAGACUGUUUACAGAACAACUACAAUUGUUGAGUCCGAGAGUUCUGCUCCAACCACAACCACAUUGAGAAUUGGUGAUGAAGAUAUUGACAUAACCACAGUGUCAAGCAAUGAAAUUGUCCUGCAAUACAAGACGAUAUACUACACAGUUCUCUAUACCAUUAAGGGACUUGAGGCAAGAAUGGAGAAGAUCAGAAACGAAGAACCCAGUCAGGAAAACGCGAAGGCUUUGCGGGAAAUCAACAAGGAAAUGCAAGAGCUUCAGGUGAAGAUCAAGGAACUAAACGAGACAAACAGAGAAAUGUCAAAAGCUGAAGGAGUUGAUCGUCAGGAAUUCUCUGAAAUCCAAACAGAAUUAGGACAACUUGGCAGCCGUUGGUCGGCGUUGAUUCAACACUGUAACGAUGAAAACAAGAGGCAACCAAGAAUUGUCACAUACAAAACUACGACGACUGUUGUUCCGAGGCAUAAAGCACGUCUUACAAUUGGCGAUGAGGUGAUCGAGAUUACCUGUGUUUCUACGAAUGAAAUUGUGAUUAAAUACAAGAUUGUUUAUUAUCAAAUCAUCACAAUUAUGAAAAUCAUCGAAUCCAAUAUGAAAGUCAUCAACGAAGAAGAACCAAGUCAGAAAACUGCAAUACUUCUUGAUGAAAACAGACAGAGAAUGGAACAGCUUCAACCGAAGAUCACAGAAUUAAACGAACUGAUGUCACAAAUGAAAGACGCUGAUGGUGUGGAUCCAGAUGAACUGGCUCAGCUACAGUCUGAACUGUCAGAUUUCGACUCCAAACUGGGAACUUUGAAAGAGGACAUUAAAAAUGAAGAAAAGAGGCAACCGCAGCUGACAACCAGAAUAACUUAUACAACCGAAACAAGAGUUGUUGAUGGUGGUCGCACGUACCAGUUGCGUGAUGGAGAUAAAGUGAUUGAAAUUAAAACCGUUUCAACGAACGAGAUCGUGAUGCGUUACAAGAUCCUUUACUAUCAAAUCAUCACCAUUAUGGAGGUGAUUGAUUCAAACACUACCACAAUCAGAGAGGGACAACCAAGCCAGGAAACUGCGAGACUUCUUUUGGAGAAUAAGUACAAGAUGGAACAGUUGCAACCGAAGAUCACUGAGUUGAAUAAACUAAUGGCAGAAAUGAAAAAUGCCGAUGGCGUUGACGCUGAUGAACUAUCGCAACUUCAAUACGAAAUGUCUGAAUUUGACUCAAGAAUGGGAACAUUGAACGAAGACAUCAAAAAUGAAGAGAAGAGACAACCGCCUAUUCAAGGUGAAACGAUUUCCAGGACAACAACUACCACUGUUCAGUCAACCCCUGAAGCUCCUGCUAAGCGAACAACUGUGAAAUAUGGAGAUAGCGUCUUUGAAAUCACUACAAUAUCGACAAAUGAAAUUGUCGUUCGCUACAAGAUCCUCUACUAUGAAAUCAUGACACUCGUAAUGCAAUUAGAAAAAGACAUGGCGCAAAUUAAAGAUGCUCCACCGAGCAAUACUACCUCAGUCAUGUUGAAGCAAAGUAAAGAUCAGAUGGCGGAAAUUCAGGCCAAAAUAAACGAGCUUCAAGAAAUAAGAAAGGAUAUGGACGAAGCAGACGGUGUUGACCCAGAGGAACUGAAGCAAAUUCAGAAUGGUUUGGAAUCGCUCGUUUCACGAUGGACUAUUGUGACACAUGAUAUUGAAACAGAGGAUGAAAGGAUCACAAGUCACUUAGACAGCAGUGGUAAACAGAAAACAUCGCUGGACGAAUGGCGUAAAAAAUGUGAGACAAUCGGCGAUUGGAUGGACUCUGUCGAAGACAGCGUUGAGGUUCUGGAAAAUAGAAAGCCAUCGAGUGAUAUCUUCAGGGCAAAACAACAGAUGAAUGAAUGUGAUGCUUUGCAAGAGAAGAUCAAAUCAGACGAAGUUCCAAGAUCAACGUUUGCUUAUGGCGAAGAAAUUACAAACGAACCCAGUCUUAAUUCGGAUCAAAAGUCCAAAAUCAGACUACAAAUGACUGAAAUGAAAAAGGAGAUUAAAAAACUAUCCGACAGAGCUGGUGAUGCAAAACACAGAUACAAACGUGCGGUAGACAAGCUGGAAGCUGAAAGAAAACAAAAAUUAGUUGAUCUGAAUAAGACCUAUCAGGAAUUGGAUAAAGAAAUCGAUGUUUUGAUACAAAAAGAUAAUAAAAUUGGCGCAGUUGAGGGUAAUCCAGCCGAAGUGCGAGCCAAAGAAACGCAGAUUGAGUUACUCGUCUCUGAUAUCCACGUGUUCCAGCCUCGUUUUGACGAGUUUCGGCAAACGUCCUGGGAGGUCUUGGAGGAUCCGACAAUCGACCAAUCACAAAAGGACAGACUCCAGAAGCACGUGACGUCAUCGGAGGAACGCUGGGGCGCCCUCAUACGAUCUGUUUACUCAAGAAGCGAAGCAGCAAAGCGUCUCAUCUCGGGGUUGCCCCAAGGCGGUGUGCUCGAGGAGUUGAUCAUUGUUGAGAAUCGACGCCAUGAUUAUAAUCUCGACUGGAAGAUGCAUCAUGAUCUGUUUGGAGCUCCUGGAGAACAUGAUGAAGGUGCAGUUGAUGAGGAGAUUUAUCGAGAACGACUGAUGACAAAAUGGAAACGAGAAUGCAGAGAGGUGGAUGAAGCUUUGUCAGACGUUGAAAAAGAAAGCUCAGAACUUGGCGAAAUCAUUGAUGAACCGAACAAAACAGCAAUGAAAAAUGCGAAAAUGCAGGUGAUCCGCGAAGGUUUAAAAAAGGUCGAGAAAGAGUACAAUGACUUGCCGGAAUACGCAAAACUGCUUCUCGAUGACCCAAAACUAGUCGAGGAUGAUCAUCAGAAAAUCCAAGAAGAUUUGGAUUCGUAUAAGAUCCGGUAUGAUGAUCUCACGAAGUUGGUUUCUGAGAGAGAAGAAACAAUAAAGCGUCAAGAACCACCGAAAUCUACUGUUGUUGUCACAGAAAAUUAUGUUACUGAAAGAAAAUCGGCAGAAAUUAUUGUGCCUGAAAUACUAACUGUCGAAGAGAGCGCCCCAGAUGCAUUAUUCAGUGAACCAGAAGUUCCUGGUAAUACUGAAGAGAUAGACGCUUGGUGGGGCGAUGACCGCAAAGUUGUAAGCUGGAUUGAAAGGGUGGAUAACCAAGUUAAAGUCGCCGAAAAGGAACCAUCCACAUUAGAUCUUCCCACCACAAGAAGACAACAUGCAAAUAUUGAGAGAAUGACGCAGGAAAUUGGAGUUUACGAGACAAACGUGACUUUGCUUGAGAACAAAGCCAACGCCAUCGUCAGUGAUCCGGUAACGAGAAGCGAAGAUGGUCAAAACAUUGACGUGGAAAUUAAAACUGUGAAGAAAAAAUGGGAUAGUUUGAAAGAAAGAGCUUUCAAUGUUGAGAGAGUUCUUUACGAGCAAGUGAAUAAACUUCAAGAGUAUUUAAACUGGACCCAAAAGUCCGAAGCGUUGUCUGGAUGGUUGGAAGAUACUGAGCGAAGUUUGGAUUCUUGUGCAGUACCAAGCAGUGAUCCUGUGGAAAGAGGAAAACAAACUCUCUUCCUUGAGAAAUUCUUGAAAGAACGCGGGCAAAAUCAAGAAAGUGUGGACGAUGUUCUCAGUCAUGGAAAUUUGGUCGUGAAGAAAAACUUGGUUCCCGACCAGCAUCUUAGCAAGAUUAAAGCAGACCUUAACCAUUACCGCGAUCAAUGGGACAAACUUUUGAAGAAAGCAGAGAACGUUCAAGAAAGAUUUGCAACUGGUAAGAAAGAUCUUAAACAGCUGGAAGACAACAGAGUUGAAUACGAUGUGAUAACAACGUGGAUUAUCAGCAAUGAAAAACGUUUACAAGAGCUGAAAGAUGACACCAGCGGUGAUGAGGAAGCAUUAAAGAGAAGACGCGUUCUCAUUUUGGAAAUCAUUGAAGAGAUUACCAUCUACAGGGUCCGUCUUCGCCGAUUGAUUGGAGAGAAUGACAAGCUUGCAAACAAAGACACUCUUCCUCCUGAUGAAAGGGAUAAAUUUGUCAAUGAUACGAAAGAAUUGGAAAAAAGAUUAGAUGCCCUUGAUGAUGGUGCAAAGAAAGAAGAAUCGAGUAUCAAUGAUCAAAUAGAUACAAAUAAUACUGCGAGGCUGGACGAGUGGCAAACGAAAGCAGAUGAUCUCGACAAAUGGUUUAUUACAACAAAAACAGAAAUUAAAUCAUUCAAUGUCCCGCCUUUGGAUGAAGACGAUAAAGCGAGACAGGAUAAGUAUUUGGAGGACUUUGCGAAGCAGAAGCCUGCAUGUGAUAAACGCGUGAACGAGGUUGUUUCUAGCGGUCGUUCUCUGGUGAAUGAAGGCGUUAUUCCUUCUGAGAAACGCGAACAGUUUGAAGUUGACCUCGAGAGUAUCUCUGGAACGUGGGACAGCGUUAUAGAAAUGGCUGACGACUCGUCAGAGAAUUUGGAGAAGGCUGAGAAAGCGUCGGACGAUUACGACGUGUGGCGUAAGGAUGCAACUCAAGCGAAAGAAAUUGUGGAAAAUAACAAGAAAGAUGUUGAAGAAGCUUCCAAACCAACCAGUGAUCCCGAGGAACGAAAGAGUCAAAUCACUACCAUAACUAAAAUCAUGGCAGACAAACCUGGGGAAAAAGAGCGACUUUAUCAGAUUAUUUACCGCGGGAAAGAUUUGGAAGAUAGCGAAUAUCUUACACCAGAACAAAAAGAACACAUCAGCCGCGAGACGAAAGAUAUUGAAAACAAUUGGAAUGAUUUCUCAAACCAACUUGACGAUGCUAAAAAGAGUGCGGAGUCUGGUGAAAAGGACUUGCAAGAUUUGGCCCAAUAUCGUGUAGACUAUGACGUCAUCAUCACGUGGAUUAUCACGAAUGAGAAGCGACUUCGUGAUGUUAAGGAUGAAGACAGCAACGACAAAGAAAGUAUUCAGAAACAACAAGUCAUUCUUAAGAGCAUCAUUGGCGACUUCCCUGAAUACAAAGUCAAACUCAACGAAGUAAUUUCAAAAGGACGCCAUCUUUCUAAUACGCCAUCGCUUCCAAAUGGCGAUAGAGAAGAAAUAGAUAAACAGUCAAAUGAAUUGGAAAAUAAGUUUAGCACCUUGGAAAACGACGUUAAUGAUGAAGACCAGAGACUUGAGAAGAAUUUGGAGAACAUAGACAAAUAUGAAGUAUGGCAACAGAGAGCCGACGAUGUCAAAAAAAAACUCGACGAGACGAAAGAUGAAUUGGAUAAAUUCGACACACCAACCAGCGACGUCAGCGAACGAGAAAAACAAAAACGAUUCCUGAAUGACUUUAAUAAAAGAAAGGGCGCUCAAGAGAAGUUGAUUAAUGAUGUUGUUAGUGAUGGUAGGAAACUUGUGGAUGAAAACAUCGCUCCGAGCGAUAAACGAGAAAAGAUUGAACUGGAUCUUCAAUCGUUGCCUGAAACUUGGGAGGGAAUUGUCGGCAAGGCUGAUGAGAAUAAGAAAACUGUUGACUCUAGUCUUCAAGAUGCUGUACAGCUAAGCAAAUGGCAGAAUGACUACAAUGUUGUUUUGCUUUGGAUUGAGAAAGCUGAAGACAAGCAAAAUCAACGGGAAGAAGACAGCGAUGAUCUUGACAAGCUAAAGAAACAGAGAAAGAAACUAGAAGCUGAUGUGAAAGAUAUUGCGAAAUACGAGGCCAAGAUUGCUCCAUUAUUGGCAAGAGGAGAGACGAUAUCACAAAGCAACUUCAUAACUCCUGAUGAUAAGUCGAAAGCAGAUAAUGACACGAAGACUUUGAAAGAAAGAUUUGAUAAAUUGAAGGGUGAAGAAACUGAUCGUAAACAAAAGCUUGAUGAUAAAAUUCAAUGGUUGACGGAAUACAGGCAAUACAGAACAGACUACGAUGGUCUGAACUCGAUGCUUGACGAUUGUCAACACAAGUUAGAAUCGUAUGAGAAACCUACCAGCAACAAAACUGAGAGAGACAGACAAGCCGCGUUUCUGAAUAAAUUCAACAAAGACCAACCUGCAAACGAUAAACGCGUUGAAACAGUUGUACAGUUUGGUAGCAAGUUGGCCGAUGCUCCAGGGGUACCUGAGGAUAAGGGGGAUGAUAUCAAAGAAGAGACGAAGACUAUAGGGGAUACAUGGAGGAUAAUUGUGCUAAAAGUUGAAGAGCUGCAAAAAAUUGUUCGUUCUGGUAUUCAAAAUAUCACGGAGUUAAGUGAUUGGAGGAAGGAAUAUACCACCGUUAUUAAAUGGAUUGAGACGAACGAGAAGAAGCUUGCCGCGCAAGGGGAGCCUGGGGACCAGGCUAAAGAUCUCGCUAAUAAAUGUACCACUCUUGAUGAAAUGGUGAACGUAUUAUCCACAUACGAGACAAGAAUCACUAUACUACUUCAAAAAGGCGACCAAUUGGCCAAUGAACCGUCAAUAGAUGAAAGCGACCGAAAAAAGACCGAAGAUGAUACGAAGGCUUUACGAGAACGAUGGGAUAAACUGAAGCAAGAUGAAGAAGAUAAAAAGAACAGGUUUGAUGAACAAAAAAGUUUUGUUGAAGAUUACCAGGAAUGGAAAGAUGAUGUGGACGACUUGAAGCCUUGGAUGGAAAACACGAAGAAAGAAAUUGAUGCGUGUGAAUUACCAACAAGUGACAACAGCGUCAGAGAAAAACAAGCGAACUUCGUGAAGGUAUUUCUGGAAGAUAAGGAAAAGAAUCAAGCUCGUGUUGACAAAGUUGUUGACGGAGGUAAUCUUCUGUUGAAAGAGAAUCCUGUCGCUCAGAAAGACAAGAAAGAAAUUCAAGACAAAAUCGAGAACACACAGAAUUCUUGGAGUACAAUUGUGCAAAGAUUUGACGUUGUCCAACCAAUUGUGAUAUCUGGAACUCAAGACAUUGUCAAGCUUGACGAAUGGCGGAACGAUUGUAACGAAAUGAACAAAUCUAUCGACAAUGCAAGACAGCAGGUUCGCAACUUGAAGAAGCCUUCCAAAGAUCAGGCAAGGAUGAAAAAGCAGAAAGACGACUUUGAAGUUAUUUCCGCUGAAAUGGAUGACAAUCCAGACAAGAUUGAUAACCUUUCUGAACGAGCUGAAUACCUCGUAACAGUGUCCACUAUUUCUCCCAAAGAUAAGGAUAAGGUGUCCAAAGAUAUGAACAAUUUAAAGAAUACCUGGAAUAAUUAUAAAAACGAAGAAAAAACAGCUAAAGAAAGUUUCGAUGCUCAGCCUCAACUUGUAGUUGUAACCGAAGUCGUAGUGGUUGAAAAGAAAGAAGACGAUUUGGUUGUGGAAGAAACUUUUGAGGAUAUUGAUGAGUUGUUUGCACAAGAGCCCAAAGCGCCAGAACCACCAGCAACUGUCGAUUACGGAGAGUGGAAGGACAGCGUUGAAGAACUGGAAGGAAUCCUUGAACAAGAAGAUGGAAAGUUUGAUCCAAAGGCGCCUAUCGAGAAAGAAUAUUCAAACUUGGAGAAGCUUGCACAAGAAACAAAGGACUCUGGUGCGACAGUUGAUGACCAAUGUAAGCCGAAGCUAGCCACCAUUUUGUCAGAUGGAAAUGCGCUUGUAAACAACAAAGAACUUCAACCAGAGGACGAAACAUUCGUCACAGAAAAGAUGGUAUCUUUGAAAGACAGGACUCAGCGUAUUGAUAUGGCUGUGAGAAUAACCAGAAUGAAAGUUCGAGAUGCAGCGCUUGAGUACUUUAACGAAACGCUGAACAAAUGUUCUGUCGAUGUGAAUAAAAUGCAGGAAACAGGAAAGUCCUUGAGACCUCCUUCAGAUAACCUACCUGAUCUUCGAGUACAGAUUGCUUCGAUGAAGUCUUUAGAGAAACGGCUUUCAUCUGAUGGCGAGAAAGUUCAGGAUACCGAGGAAAAAGUAAAUAACAUGGAAGAUGCAGGCGUUUUGCCACGGGAUGGCUUCGCUGGGACUUUAAAUGACAGAUGUAACGAAGUAAAGAAGGAACAAAAGAAUGUCUUUGUUGUUAUCGAUGAAGCUAAACCAAAAUUGCAUCGUGCUUUACUAAACCAGUUAAAUCGAACACAAAAAUCUGUCAACAGUUGGUUGAAAUCUUGCGAAAAGAAAGAGAGAAAUAUCGACGUGACAAACCUGAAAGAUCUUAACAAAGCACAUCAAGAAUGCUUGAAACUAAAGCAAGUUAAAGCCGAAUUUGACAAAGGAGAGCCUCUGUAUAUCACCUUAAAUGAAGUCCAUAAAGAAGCUGUCGAUGAUGAAAUUUUGGUUGAAAAGAAAGCCGUUGAUUUUGGCAAACAAAUGGAAACAUUAGGAACACGACAUGAUGACCUUAAACAACGCUUACAAGAUAAAGACAACGAACUUCUUACUUAUGUGAGACAGACCACAGAAGGUGUGUUAAAGUCUUCUGAUGAGAAACUUGAUGAGCAAAAAACGUGGCUUGAACCAGAAGAACCUGCUGAUAACUUCACAGACGCCAAAGAACAGCAAGAUACCAUGAAGGAACGUGAAUCCUUAAUAAAACAACGAACAAAAGACAUCAUUAUUCAACUUGGACCAAUUGAAAAGAUUUCCACAGGUGAAAUAUUGCCUCUUCCCGAAUCAACUGCUCUUCAACGCCGCGUUGGCGACAUCAAGACAAGAUUCAACGCAGAUAUACCAACCGCUAGAGAAAAAUCACAAAAGCUCAGAGAAGGUUACGGCGACCUUCUGAAAAAGGAAGUAGAGAAAAGGAAAUUAUGGCUAGAUGAAAAUGAAGGAGUUGAACUUAAACCUGAAACAGACUUCAAAGAUUUCAGCGAAUUCAAGAUAAAAUAUGAUCAAAACAAGGAUUUUGUGAAAGAACUGGAUGAUAACAACAUCAAAGUUUUGAUUGAAGAGGCAGACAAGAUCGAUGGGAUUGAACCGGAAGUGAAGAUUGAACUCGUGCAGUUGGACGAGCGUUGGGAAACGAUUCACGACGAUGCGAAGGACAAGACCGAGAACUACGAAGAUCUCAUGACAAAGUGGACUGUCUUCCGUGAGCAGCAACUGACCUUGUUGAACUGGAUUGACAAGAAAGAUGCCGAAGCCGCUGAAGAAAAGGAUCAAGUCAACCUUGCUGAUGAAGACGAAGUCGCUGAACAUGUCAAGAAACUAAAGGAUGCCAAGGAAGAAGCCGAAGUGCAAGGAGAGUCGCAAGAGAAGAAAUUAAAAGAAGCCAGUGAAGAUUUAAUCCGUCAUCUUGGCGAAGACUCCCCAGCCGCUGAUGAGGUCAAAAAACAAACGGAAGAAGUUGAUUCUGUGAGACAGAAGUUCAUCAACGAUAUGGGUGAUCGCAUUGAAAAGAUUGAAAGCAGUGAAGAGAAAACUCGAGACUUGUACAAUGACAUUGACGAUGUAACAAACUGGUUGGACACCACAGAAAACCUGAUUGACAAGUAUGAAAACCAUGAAAAAGAAACCGCUGAUGAUGGUAGUCCACGUGAACAGCACGUGCCACAGGAUGGUGAAGUUGAAGAAGAAAUGGUACACGUUGUGGAAGACUUACUGAUCAAACGCAAAGAAAUCCCAGAGCUCGAAGCACGUCUGGAUAACGCGGAGUCAUCGGCAGAACACUUGGAUGACCAGUUGCUGGAUGAAUUAACCGUUGAAAAUACUCAGGUCAAAGUGAAAGACAUGAAAGUUCGCUGGGGUGUUCUAACACAAAGGCUGGAUGAAUUCUGCAACCGUGAUAUACCCGAAAUUGAGAUAGCUCAGAUCAAAGCCGAACAUCUUGAGGAAGAUUCAUUGGAUGAAACUGAUAUGAGAUCAGUUGUGCCACUGGAUGUAUGGCGAGAAAAAGUUAGAAAGGUGAAUUUGUUGCUGAAAUAUGUUGAACGGUUGGUUGGUGUCAAUGCUGAUGGGAAAGAAGAUUAUCCGAGUAUACGAAUCUUAGCAUCCAACACGAAGGAAGCAACAAAGACAAUCACCUUGUACUGCAAGCCAAGAGUUCAAGUCAUCAAAACACAGGGAAUAAAUAUUAUAAGCGAAGAUCCUCAUGACAUUGACAGAGGGGAAGAAAUAACGGACACAAUCGAUUCACUUAGAAAAAGAGUUGAAACCUCAGAGAAUAAUGCAGGCAUACUUAAAAUGAAGGUACGAGAUCUGGCUUUAGAUUACUUCAACAAUGGUCUGAAUCAUUGUGAGAUUGCUCUUGAAAGCGAGGAAGAAAACGUCGAAAAAUUACUUGCAACAAAACCUGAUAUUGAAACCACACAAGAGCAGAUGGUGCUUUUGAAAGAAGGCCGCAAAGAAUUUGACAAAAACAAAGAAGAUUAUGAAAACGUUGUUGACGAAUUGAAAGAUAAAAAGAUUGUGGAAUUGUUGACGAAAGAUGGAUUUCAAGGAACUCUAGCAGAUAAAAGUCAAAACAUUAAAAAACGGCGAGAUGCUGUGGAGAAAAAGUUAUCAGAAUCCAAAACACGAAUACAUCGUAAUUUGAUAUCACAUUUGUCCGAGAUGAAGAAGGUUGUUGGAAAAUGGCUGGCGUCUUGCGAAAAGAAAGAAAAAUCUAUAAACGUCGAACCAUCUCCCACUCACGACCCAGUUGCCGAAUACAAAAAAUUAAUGGUUUUACUUGAAGAAUUGAACGAAGGAGAGUCCAAGUAUGAUAGCGUUCUUCAGUUGAACAAACAGUUGAUAUCAGACAACGUUCUUGAAGGAAGGAAAGCUUCUAGCUCCGAGAAAGAUCUUCAGUCAUUCGCUACUCGUUUUGCUGUGGUGGGCAAACGUGUUCAUGAUAAGAACGGUGCGCUUUACAUAAUUCUUCUCAACCUGGCUCAAACCACGAUGGAUGAAGUUGGUGAUAAUAUCGCAGAGAUGGAUGAGAAAGUUGAGCAAACUAACAUGGCUGAGAGAUUCCCGCAAAUCAAACAAGAUUUCCAGAACGCAAAGAAUGUCAAAGAUGAAGUUGAUGAUUUCUGCGAGAAAUCAAAGGAAACAUUAAAGGAUGUUCACGUAAUCAUAGCUCUAGAUGCCUUCAACAAUGAAGACAAGAAAAAUCUGGAUGAACGAAGAAACGAAUUGAAAGACAAAAACUCGCAGUUAUCAGAAAAAUCUGACGAGAAAUUUGACAAUUUUGCGAAGGAGUAUAAUAAAAUCAUUGACAGUGAAGUAAGAAAUCGUAAAAUGUGGUUUGAUUCCAACGAGUCCUGGAUGGGCAUUACUGACCACGAUGUUGAUAAUCUGCCAGGCUUUGCUAAAAAACUUGAUGAUCAAAAGAUUUUCCAAGAGGAACUUGAGCACCGUAAGAUGGAAGGAUUGAUUGACGAAGCAAGGGAUAAUGAAGAUCUUUCUCCCGAAACAAGGUUCUUGAUCUACGACCUUGACGACAAGUGGUCAACGAUGAACAGUUGGUCUGAAGAACGAUUAGACAGACUCACAACGAUCAAUGAAGAUUGGGAGAAACUUCGCAAGCAAGAAAAAGAUCUUUUAGACGAAAUUGACGACAAUGAUGCCAGACUAAAGUUGCUUUCGUCUCCUGUGGAUUUGUCAGACAAAGAAGACAUUGAAAAUCAAAGAAAUGAACUCAAGGAUGCCCAGUCGAGUGUACAGGAGCUUCAAUUAAAUGUGGUGAAAAUGAAGAAAGUCUCAAAUGAUUUGGUUAAACUUGUUGGUCCUGACAGCCCAGCUGGUAAACGAAUGGAAAAUGAAUUCAAUGAUGUCAACAAAUGCUACGAUAACCUGUGCGUAGACACCUUGGAGAGAAUGAAAAAGCUUGAUUCAUCAGAGCGAAAGGCGAAGACUCGAAGACUUUACAAUCACAUGGAUGAUAUCAACUUGACAAUGGAGGAAAGCGAGAAUAUUUUGAGUUCUUUAAACGAUGAAAUAAAGAAGGCAGAAGAGAAGAAAGACAUCGCAAAAGGGGAAGAAAUAAACGAAAAUGAAGAGGAAGAACUUCCUGAAAAAGAAAAGGAGAAACAGGCUUCUGAUUUGAACAAGUUUGUUGAUCAAAUUUCGUUUUGA